UGUGUGUUUUCCCUGCAGACCCCUCCCAGAGUACGGAGACAUGGACCCGUCCUGCGGUCUCACAGACGACAGAAACUCUCUCUCCCUGGAUGUUUCUCCCCCUGGAGGAGGAGGAGGAGGAGGAGGAGGAGGAGGAGGCGUUUCUUCGUCCCGUAAACGGCGGACCCUGAUUGCCCCGGAAAUGAAUCUGUCUCUGGACCGCAGCGAAGGCUCUCUGCUGUCGGACGACUUCCUGGACACGCCGGACGACCUGGACAUCAACGUGGACGACAUGGACACGCCGGACGAGACGGACUCUCUGGAAUUCAUCACCAACGGCAACGAGCUGGAGUGGGAGG